GGUUGAAUUUUAAAGUCACUUCACUUCAAAGUGUAUCAACUAACAAUUGAAAUAUCUCAACAAGUGUACAAAUCAAUCUCAUAGUGUGCUGAAAAUUUGUUUACAAAGAAAGCAUAUCAACAUAUAAAGUUAUAAAAUUUUGUUUUUGAAUCAACGUUAAAAAAAUCAAUUUUGCUCAAGUUUUAUAUUCAACUCAACUUUAAAAUGAACAAGCAAUUGUUAUUCGCUUUGUUUGUCUCUUCACUUCUUUUAUGCUGCCAAGUUGUUCGAGCUGAAGAGGAAUUUGAAGACGAUGCUGAGGAAGCCUUUGAUGGUGAUGACCAGGUUUUAGAGAGGGAAAGACGAGAUGUCACAGCUGAUUUAGAAGGAGCAGAAAGUGGUAUCGGCGGUGGUGCUGGUGGUGGAUUAGUAGGAUACAAAGGUGGAAAGGCCGGUGGUGCUGCUGCUGGAUUCAAAGCUGGAAAAGCUGGAAAGGCCGGUUACGCAGCCGGAGCUAAGGGUGCAAAGGGUGGUGCUGCCUAUGGAGCUGCAGGUGCAGCCGGUGGAAAGAAAGGUGCAGCCGUGAAGAAGGGAUUCGCUGCUGGAGCUUUCGGCAAGAAAUUCGGUAAAAAGGGAGGUUUCGUCAAAGCCGGAGGUGCUGGUUACAACAAGAAAAUCGGAGUAAUCAAGAAGUUCGGUGUUAGCCAAGGCUUCAAAUUCGGUAAGGCUGCUGGUUAUGGUGCAGCUGGUGGUGCUGUCGGAGGCAAAGCAGCCAAGGGUGGUUUCGCUGCUGCUGGAGGAGCUGCUGGAUUCAAGAAGGGCGCUGUUGGUGGAAAGAAAGGAUUUGCUGCUGGAGCCGCUGGUUCAGCUGGUGGUAAAGCAGGAGCUGCUGGUGCUGCUGGAUUCAAGAAGGCUGCUGGAGCUGCUGGUGGAGCUGGUGUCAAAAAGAUCGGAGGUGGAGCCGGUGGACUUUUCGGUCGAUAAGCUGAAGCCAAUGAUAUAUAUGCUCAUAAUUUGGACAAUUUUAGCUGACUAUAAUGUAAUGAAGCUCGGUAAAGGUUGAAAAUGAAGGUAAAGUCAUUGAAUGGUGAAACCAUUACAAACAACUUUACAUUUCCAGCCUUGUUACCUUUCUAUUUUCGUAACCAACUGUUAACAUUUUUAAGUAAAUAUGAAAUUAAGAAGUGUUCCGCCAAACGUCAAAAAUAGAUUUUGAAUAGAUAAUUAGCCUCAACCAGAAAACAUUUGUAUAUCCGCUUUCAAUUGAUCUGAUGAAUGUAAAUUAAUCCUUUACUUUAAACUAA